CACACUGACACACAGCUCACAGAAAAGCAAUGAAGGGAAGCCUCUGCCACGAGCUCGAGACUGGCCUCCCUGCCGCCGAUGUGUGGGAGGUCUAUGGAAGCCUCCUCCUUGCGCAGCUGAUUCCACAGGUGCUUCCCACCAUUGCCGCCAAUGUUGAGGUUGCAGGAGAUGGCGGGGUCGGAACAAUCUUGCAUGUCACCUUCUGUCCCGGCAUCCCGCUGACAUAUCAAAAGGAAAAGUUCAUCAAGGUCGACCAUGAGAACCUUGUCAAGGAGGCGGUCGUGGUGGAAGGAACCGUCCUGGAUCUGGGAUUUCUGAAGUACCUGAUGCGGUUUGAGAUCGUAGAGAGUGCUGACAAGACUUGCGUGAUAAAGUCAACCCUGGAAUACGAAGUUGCCGACGGUGAUACAAACACCGCAUCCCUCGCCAGCACCGCUACUUUAGCUGGUCUGGCUGAGGCCAUCACAAAUCACCUCAAGGCGCAGAAGAGCGCUGAGAAAACUUCAUAA